AAGUUCCGACCUACACUUCCGGUAAGGCAAAACUGCAGCGUAAUACCACUGGCUAGCUGCCGCAGGAGCGCUGUGUCUCUGGAAGUAGCGGUCUUUUAAGGAGUAAAUAUGCCGGAUUAUUUGGGUGAUGACCAAAGGAAGACUAAGGAGGAGGACAAAGAUGAUUCACCCAUCAGAGCUUUGGACGAAGGCGACAUUGCCCUCCUCAAAACAUAUGGUCAAAGCACCUACUCCAGACAGAUCAAACAGGUAGAAGACGACAUCCAGCAGCUGCUGAAGAAGAUCAACGAAUUGACUGGCAUUAAAGAGUCAGACACAGGCUUGGCCCCCCCGGCUCUCUGGGAUCUAGCUGCUGACAAACAGACCCUGCAAAGUGAGCAGCCUUUGCAAGUAGCAAGAUGCACAAAAAUCAUCAACGCAGACUCUGAAGACCCCAAAUACAUCAUCAAUGUGAAGCAGUUUGCUAAGUUUGUGGUGGAUCUAAGCGACCAGGUGGCUCCGACCGACAUUGAGGAGGGGAUGAGAGUUGGUGUGGACAGGAACAAGUAUCAGAUCCACAUUCCUCUGCCUCCGAAGAUUGAUCCAACGGUCACCAUGAUGCAGGUGGAGGAGAAGCCAGAUGUGACUUACAGUGACGUGGGUGGGUGUAAGGAGCAGAUUGAGAAGCUGCGCGAGGUGGUGGAGACUCCACUGCUGCACCCCGAGAGGUUUGUCAAUCUGGGCAUUGAACCACCCAAAGGCGUGCUGCUGUUCGGACCACCCGGUACAGGAAAGACUCUGUGUGCUCGAGCGGUUGCCAACCGAACUGACGCUUGCUUCAUCAGAGUCAUCGGCUCCGAGCUGGUGCAGAAGUAUGUGGGAGAGGGAGCCCGAAUGGUCCGAGAGCUGUUUGAGAUGGCCAGAACUAAGAAGGCUUGUCUCAUCUUCUUUGAUGAAAUCGACGCCAUUGGAGGCGCUCGCUUUGACGACGGUGCCGGCGGAGACAACGAGGUCCAGAGAACCAUGUUGGAGCUCAUCAACCAGCUGGAUGGCUUUGACCCUCGAGGUAACAUCAAGGUCCUGAUGGCCACCAACAGACCAGACACCCUGGACCCAGCCCUGAUGAGACCUGGUCGCCUGGACAGGAAGAUUGAGUUCAGCCUUCCAGACCUGGAGGGUCGCACGCACAUUUUCAAGAUCCACGCUCGCUCCAUGAGUGUGGAGAGAGACAUUCGCUUUGAGCUGCUGGCCCGUCUGUGCCCCAACAGCACUGGUGCCGAGAUCCGCAGCGUGUGCACGGAGGCAGGGAUGUUCGCCAUCAGAGCUCGCAGGAAGAUUGCCACAGAGAAGGACUUCCUGGAGGCUGUGAACAAGGUCAUCAAAUCCUAUGCCAAGUUCAGUGCCACGCCCAGAUACAUGACCUACAACUGAUGAGUCCGAGUUGACUUUGCUUGAAAGAAGUCCAGGUGUUUUUGUUUUGUUCACGUGAAAAUAAAAGUUUAUUCCCCUCUGGAA